AGAAAACACGAGGGAAGUUUCGACAAGCAAGCGAUAUUUUGGGCAUUUUAGCCCAGUGUCCUUUAUUUUUCGUUGAUUGUUCGGUCUUACCAAGAUGGCUUCGUACAUCCAGGUUGCGGAGGACGAAAGCGAAGAGCCUAUGGAAAUACCAUGCGAGAGUGAUGGGACUCUUUUGCUGAGCACCCUCGUAGCUCAGUUUCCAGGUGCCUGUGGCCUCAAGUUCAGAAAUCCGGAGACAGGAGCAAUGCGUGGAAUUCGACUAGUAGAUGGUCAACUUCAUCCGCCAGAAAAGCCUGGAGCACAGCCGUCAUGGGGAUCUAUACCGUACAUAGCAGUUUUUCCAAAGGGAAGUGCUAUGUCAGACAAUAAGCGGAAGGGAGACGACGCUCUUGAAAAUCCAAUACCGAAAACUAAAAAGCUAGAGCGAUCACGAUGUAGCGACCUGAUAGUGUUGGGAUUACCUUGGAAGACCACCGAGGACAUAAUGAGAGAGUAUUUCAGCACAUUUGGAGAACUGUUAAUGGUUCAGGUUAAGAAAGAUCCUAAGACGAGGGAAUCGAAAGGUUUCGGUUUUGUGCGAUUUAAGGAGUAUGAGGCUCAGAAGAAGUGUUUGAGCCAGCGACACAUGAUAGAUGGCCGAUGGUGCGAUGUUCGCAUCCCCAAUUCCAAGGAGGGAUCACAGAACCGAAAAGUGUUUAUUGGACGAUGUACUGAAGACAUAACAGAGGAUGACCUUCACAAUUACUUCAGCCAGUUUGGAGAAGUGAUCGACGUGUUCAUCCCCAAACCAUUCCGAGCUUUUGCCUUCGUGACUUUCGCUGACCCAGAUGCAGCCCAGCAUUUGUGUGGUGAAGAUCACAUCAUCAAGAACACCAGUGUUCACAUCAGCAGUGCUGCUCCGAAGAAUUACGACAAAUAUGGCGACAAGAAAGGCGGAGGUGGAGGCGGGGGCAGUAGUGGGGGUGGUGGUGGGGGUGGGUUCAAUCCUAACCAAGGGGGUUUCUGGCAGGGCUACGGUCCUGGAGGUUGGGGUAACCAAGGUGGCAGAGGCUCACACAACACUGGAGGAUCCUCCAACCAGGGCAAUAUGGGGAAUAACAUGGGAGGGAAUAUGGGCGGGUUCAAUCUGGGGGCUUUCCCAUUUAACACAGCCAUGCUGGCGGCGGCUCUCUCUGGGCAAGGUGGCUGGGGGCUUCUGAACAUGGGCAAUCAAGGACAUGGAGGUCAGAACACUGGAGGAGGUGGAGGAGGAGGAGGGGAUGGCGGCAACCAGGGAGGAAACAACAACAACAACAAUAAUCCCGGUUUUGCCAACGUAGGACAGAGUGGGGCUGGAGGCAGUAACUUUCUUGGGUGGGGCAAUUCACAUGGCCAUGACGGCUCAAGCCCAAGCCCCAGUCAGGGCGGCUGGGGCUCACCAGCCAAACCGGGUACUGGAUGGAACUAAAGGGUGUGAAAGGGUGGUCUGGGAGAUGUAGAUGGGGUUGUAGGAUUGUGUGGUGAAUUUGAUGUGCUUGUGGAUUGUGGUGUAGAUUGACGCAUACAUGAUGUCAUUGUUAAAGUCUCUAGUUCAUUUUUUUUUUUUUUUUUU